AAGUCAGCCAUGCGGAACCGCUGUGCCUGGAUGGUCAGGUACCGCUGAAGCGCGCAGCAUUGCACCACUGACGCGGAGGACGACGACACGGUAGAAAAACAAAGUCUGAAAAGUCGAUGGUUUGCUGCUAGUGGCUUCAUCCUCACCAAUGGGUUGGCCUUUUCUUCUCGCUCUCUUGGCCAUGCUGAGGGCAAUGGCUGAGUCCAGCAUGUACCCGGCUUCAGUUCCCCUGGGUUACCAGCGAGCGCCAUCUCUUUACGCGCCUCGGGCGAGCGAGGACAGCGCCGCCGCGGACUCCAACUUGCAGCGGUACGGGCCACGUUCAGGCAGCUACUACUCCUCGGGCUACGGGACGCGUUCAGGUGACUACUACUCGCGCUCAAGCGACUACUACUCAAGGGGCUAUUUGCCGCGAUCAAGCGACUACUACUCCCGCAGCUACAGCUCGCGCUCAAGCGACUACUCGCAGGGCUACGCGCCGCGUUCAAGCAGCUACUACUCGCAGGUGUAUGGGUCGCGUUCUAGCGACUACUACUCACGGGGCUAUGGGUCGCGUUCAGGCGACUACUACUCGCAGGGCUACGGUUCCCGCCGCUGCAGCUCUGUUCGUCGCAUCUCCGCGUAUGAGAAGGUCAAGGUUCCGUACCUGUGUCAGCCUCAGACUGGCCAGUCCCUGCCAGUCCCCAAGAACGUUGACGAAGCAACGGCCUUUGUUAUAUCUAGCAUGCUCAGUGAGGGCUGGCUGAUGUGUAAUCACGCUGUGGUGGUGCCGGUGUACCGCUACCAGAGUGUGUCCUCCUGCUGCCCUGGCUCUACACCCACCUCUAACGGAGACUGUGUGAAAAACAUACUGGAAGCGCCCUCAGCAGGACAGUCGCCAUGUGCCAACGGAGGUCGUCUGCUCCUGAAGAACGGAGUGGCCACGUGCGAGUGCAGGUCUGGUUACUGGGGCAACACGUGCCAGCAGACCAUCCGUGACGGCGACAGCAGCACUGGGGGCGUGUCCAGCCCCGGACAGCUGCUGAUGGCCAGCGUGUACGGCGGACUGCGGCAGAAUAACCGCGACUACAGCAGCAGCAGCGCAGCAAGCACACAGCUGCCACCUGUGAUGGUGCAGACUCCCAGGCCACUCCGAGGACUCAUCUCCCGACUACCCUCCAGCAACUUUCAGCCCGGGAGCCUCAUUCGACAGGUCGUCGGCGGUCAGGGUCGACCCGAAGCCAGUUUUGGAAGGAAAGGUGUUUCCCAGGGACAAUCCUGGACUUCCAGCACUUCUCGUCGGCAGUUCCCUUACCUCCGACCACGUGGUCCUUCCUACUCGACUGCCCAGCAGUCACCUCCCGGCCAGCCCCAGACCCACAACGAUAUGUCCAGCUACAUGGCGGCCAUGAUGGCCCAGCAGGCGCUGGCCAACCAGCAGCAGUGGGAACGACAGAUGAUGAUGCGACACGUCAUGGAGCAAACAAUGCGCCGGCGGACACUCCAGCAACAACAGGCACAACAACAACAACCUCAGCAACAGCAGCAACAACAACCCCAGCCUCCUCAGCAGCAGGAACAGCAACAGCAACAGCAGCAACAACAACCGCUGCAACAGGAGUCAUCUGAGUCCGAUGUAUCUCAGCAAGAACAUACCGACACGUCGCAGGAGGUGAACUCUGACCCAAACCCCAUCCCCGCCCCCUUACUGACCAGCAUCCUCACCACCCCGCCCCCGAACCAGCAGCCAAACGUCGAGUACGAAGAUGAGGGACCGGUGAUGGUUAACGAGCAGACAACCCAAAGCUCCUUCCGGCCCGGAGCAAUCCUUGAGCAGCUGCCUCAGCUGGCUCCGGAAGAGCGGGUCCAGAAUGAGAUGAAGCCUCAGAUGUUCGCGAACAGUCAGAGCAGCCCAACUCAAGGGACAGCCAGUCAAGAACUGACGAUAAUACAAAGGAUCGCCGAGUGCAAAACUAAAACAGAAGCCCUCCUUAAUGGCUGCCUUGCUCAGGCUGGCAUCACCACUUCUCUCUUUGAUAUCAUCAACUCUCAGAACCAGGAACAGCUUUCUCAAGUCUGCCGGAACAGUCAGGUGAUCGGACCCUGCAUAAUGCAACAGGCUCAGGAUCUGUGUGGAACCGAUCAGGUUGGAGCUGUGGGCAAAAGGAUGCUGCAGUCGACAUUGGCAUUCCUGGGACAGUUUUGUCUGCGCUUGCGAAUCCAAGAAGAGGCGACUGGAAAGGUUGCCACCGGGAUGACGUCACCACCGAUCUUCCCAAAUCCUGCGCCAUCUUUUCCAGACAGAGUCUCCUCAGCCGGCACCACCGCCGCCACCGCCUCCCCACCAGCAGUUGAUGCCAAAGUCUCUGGUGGGGAUUCUUCUGUCCCUUCAGCAAGAGACUCUGCUGCACGCAAGGCAUCGUUAAAGAGCAUCCCUGAACACGAACACAAGGCAGCCAGUGCACACAUGCAAGAACCAGUGAUCGAGGUCUCAAAGGCAGGAAUGUUUCCCAUGUGGGUCAUCCUGGCCAUGGCUGGUGGUUGUGGGGCACUUCUGUUGUUGACCUGUCUCGUCGUCUGCUUGUGCGUGCGAUGCCGCCGGAAGAAGAAGUCCAUCGACCUGGAGCGCCACCCGGAGAAACUUCCGCCAGCAGCUGAGAACAACUUUUACAUGAUUUCACCUUUCACCCCUCCCCCCGAAUACCAAACCACGGCCGUCAAGCAGGAGGUGGAGGGUGAGUUUGAGCAGAAAGGUGUGAAGGAGGGUAAAGAUCAUGCCGCGAAUGAAGACAGACUGAGGGCAGAAGGCAACGAGUACGCCACCUGCAAGACGGUGGACAAGCAAAAGGCUGCAAACGAUGAUAACUGAUGUGAAGGCAAGCGAUCAUCACAAGAAGAAUGCAGGCUGGAGGAAAACAAUCUGCAGGAAUCGCUGACUUCAUGUUGUCCACAUAUUUCUUUUCGUCUGACAGCACCAGCAAAUAGAAAGAAAGUUGUAAUUAUGUUUGCUGAUAAAUAUAGUGGACAGAAGGAACAGGUUGCAAGUUAUUAACAUGAACAUACAUUUCUGGGUUACUCUUGCAUCACAGACUAUAUGUGUCGUCAAAAUCGCUUUUGAACUGAAUAUUUGGAGGGAUGCAUUUUCUUUUUGUCCACAUAUUUAAAUUUUUUUUUUCGGAAAAGCUCGUCUUCUUGCCGCUUUCCUGAAGAGAAGAAGUGAUUGUGAGAGCAGCCUGGCAGUAACCUGCAUGUUCACACUCUUAGCUAAGAACAUUAUUUUUAUUUGUUUGAAGUAAAUAAAAUCAUUUUCCCAGCGA